GUGAUGUGGCCGCGGCGUGUCUGCGUGGACGGGGACACGGGGGCGGGCGCUGGCUGUGGCGAGCGGGGCUGGCGGGCUGCUCUGUCACUUUAGAGCGAGUGUGAGGCUGAGCCGGCAGCAUCCCGGGCAUUUCCAGCGAGCGCCCGCCAGCAGCCCGGCACCGGUUGAAAUUCAGGCGUCUUAAGAGAGGGGAGGAAGAUCCUCGUCUUCCGAAGCCUCCUCAAUGAGUGCCAAGCUCUCCAAGGAGUUGAGGCUGUCCCUGCCACCUUGUCUCCUGAACAGGACAUCUGCCACCUUAAACACCAGCAGCACCUGCAUCACGCAAGUGGGUCAACUCUUCCAGUCCUUUUCGUCCACCCUGGUUUUAAUUGUCCUGGUCACCCUCAUCUUCUGCCUGAUCCUCCUAUCCCUCACUACCUUCCACAUCCACAAGAGGAAGAUGAAGAAGCGGAAAAUGCAAAAGGCUCAGGAGGAGUAUGAACGGGACCACUGCACCCGCAGCAGCAUUAGCAGCAGCCAGCACCCAGGCACGGAGGUGCAGGGAGAGGCACCCCAAGGAAGAGACAGCCGGCUGGGAAGACCCCCCCAGGACUCGGAGAUCCAGCGCCCCUCUCCCUUGGCAUCCCCAAGCUCUCAGCAAGCACGGGCUUGUUUGGACACAGCUGGUGCGGGGCUCCUGCAGACGGUGAUUUUGUCAUGAUGGUUUGGGGGAGACCGCGUGAAGGUGCUGGUUGGUGUUUGUAAAUACCUGAGUGAUUAUUCUAGCCCCCGAAGAAGAAGAAAAUGUUGCUAAUUCAAAUGAACGAACAAGCCCAUGAUCCAAGCGCAUGACAGAUCACAUUGCGUUUCUCAUUGACUGUGAGAGGAAAGGAUGCGUCUUUUUACUGGAGAAGGAGCUGCACACAACUACCAAAUAUCAAGUUGUCUACCUGGAGGAGAGGGUCAGGGGUGGGGGGGUCCCUUUUCCCUGGACAUCCCACUCUCCUGGGCCAGGGUGAUCCCACUCUCUUGGGAUCUGCUGCACCCUGUGUCACCAUUUCAUGGUGUGGGUUGGGGCAUGGGUGAGUGGCAUAGGGGGAGAGGCAUGUCUGGUGGGUGCCUUGGGACCCUCUGUCCUCUCGAAGGAGGGCAACAGUCCACUGUAGUCUUUCCUUUUGGGCUAGGACCUAUGCCCCUGUCACACCCCUCUCGCUCCUUUCCAGGACUGGAUAUUGUUUUGUGUAGAAAUGGCUACCCCUACUUGGGCUUCACUGGAAGCCUGUGACCCCACAGCCCAGUGCCCCUCAGCUGCAGCGCUGAGUGUCCUGCUGUCUGGGGGGAUGGAGCCAGCUCUCUGCACAGAGGGAUGAUGCCUGAGCUUUCCUCUUCCCUCAGCUCCCUUCAUCUUCUAAUGCCCCCCGCUUCCCCAUCCUCAUGCCAUGAAACCUGAAACCCAAACCCAGUACUGAUUUGUGUGGCAGGGCAAGGUAAUGUGCAGUAAGGUGCCCAUCCUCUUCCAGGGAAGGGGAUCCUUGUACCUCCUGUUGGUCCUGAAUAAACCCAGUUCUGCACCAGGCACCCAGCACUGAACGCCUGCAUUUACAGCUUUGCCUUCCAGCAAGGAAUCCUGCAGUACAGAGCUGGCUUCUACUUUUUUAGGCUGAUAAAUAUUUUUAACCCUCCUAAUCUAAUAGUUAGGGACAGACAACACUUUUUCUCCCUUUUCCCCUCUCGGGGAACAAACCACGCAGUUGUGCAAAAUGUCUGCUCCUAAAUCCUGUCAAAUACUUGUUUCAGAAGUGGCUGGUGUAGUUUCUCCCUGGCAAGCAUCAGGAGAUUUUUUUGUCUGUGGAUGGCAUGUGUGAGCGGCUGCUGGUACUGUGUGUUGGAAGCAGUGUCAGGUACAGAAAAUGCGGCUUUGCUUAGUAAUUAAAUCAAAGACCAUUACUUGAAGGUGCCUUAACAGAGUGCCAUAUCCAAACUUUGAAACAUCUUAUGUGGUAUAGCAGAGGCAGCCCUCUACUGUGCAUAUUAACAUCUAAAAAAUACAGCAAAGAAAAAGUGAUCCCAAGGGAUUUAUUCCUUCUUUUUUCUUUCUAUGCUGGCAUUCAAAGCAUUUGAGGAGAUAGUAGUAGUCCACAGUUUUUAAUAUUUUGUAUCCACUUAUUCUCUCUCUGCUGUACUCUGCCUCCCAGGGUGACUGUUAGGCUAGAAAAACUCCCAGGCACAGGCACCAGGAGGUCUGGGGCCCUAAGCCAGCAGUGAAUGCUAUUAACCAAUUUAAAGCAUGGAAAGAGGGUGGCAGAAGUGCUCCAUAAUCUUCUAAUAGCACCAAAAUGCAGAGGUUUCAGGGCAGUGUUUCUGUUACGCAGUUUUAUCCCUUUUCAAUCUUGCCUGGUCUGAAGGGAAACUGCUGUUGAGUUUGGAUCCGUGCCUCCAGCGUUUUAGGCAAGUACUGUAUCAUUCAGCUCAAGGAGCUGCUCCACCUGCUGAGGUUAGUGUGGCGAGCUACCUGCAACGGAGUGGUGUUUUGCACGUUGCAGUUUGAUGGGAGUGAUGGCUGACUCUCGCUGCCAGCCGGUAUGAUCAGAUGCUAAUGGCUAUUUCAUUGUUGCUGGGCGAGGAAAUUGGCUUUGUUUUGUUUCCCCUAAUAAAGGAUGCAUGAACUUUUGUGUUUAAUCUCCUUAUGCAACUGCAGCACAGUAUUGCACCACAGGGAAUAGAUUUAGGACAGUGAAGAGCGUUCAGUGAACAGUAAUAGAGCUUCCUGAUCGUUGAUCUCCGCUAAAUAGAGAGAUAUUACUUUCCCCUUUAUUUUGUGCCUUUAACAAAAAACAAAAAAACAAAAACAACAAAAC